AUUGACUUUUCUGUCUAUUCAAGAUAAGGCAAACUAUGAAAUCAUAAAAAAAAAUCUCUGAGGCUCUUGUGAUUUGAUAUUUCCAAAGAAUAUAUAUAAACUGAAUUGAGCUCUAUCUAAUCCGUAUAGCGGUCUAAAGACCAAUUCUUUGUCAACCGUUAACGUUUCUCUCCGCGUUUUUCUUCUUCUCCUCUUUGUCCUAAAGUCUCAAGCUUUGGUCUCUAAAGAUGUCGGUAACAGCUCGAUCAUGAUGGUUAUGUAAAUGGGUGAUUCUAGUUUUGGUUGUAGCAGAAGCUAAGUUUGUAAAGUUGAAUCCUUUCAGGGGUUAUUCCGCAAAUUCGAUUUUGGGUUAAAAAAAUAAACUUUUGAUUGGUGAUCAAAGGUUCUUCAUUUAAUUGAAUUGGGGUUGGAUACACAGAAGAAGUUUUAAAAAGGGUUACUUUUUGAUUGGAGAUUUGUAAUAAAAAAAAUGGAUCGAGUGGUAGGUGGCAAGUUCAAGCUUGGUCGGAAGCUUGGAAGUGGAUCCUUUGGUGAAAUCUUUCUUGGAGUGAAUGUACAAACUGGAGAUGAAGUUGCUGUUAAGCUCGAGCCUCUUCGAUCUAGGCAUCCUCAGCUUCAUUAUGAGUCUAAGCUUUAUAUGCUUCUCCAAGGAGGAACUGGUAUUCCUCACCUUAAAUGGUUUGGUGUUGAGAGUGAAUACAACUGUAUGGUGAUAGACCUUCUUGGUCCUAGUCUGGAGGAGUUUUUCAACUAUUGCAGUCGAUCUUUCUCUCUCAAGACUGUUCUAAUGCUCGCUGAUCAGAUGUUAAACAGAGUGGAGUAUAUGCAUGUGCGAGGCUUUCUUCACCGUGAUAUUAAGCCAGAUAACUUCUUGAUGGGUCUUGGCCGCAAAGCUAACCAGGUUUACAUCAUUGACUAUGGCCUAGCGAAAAAGUAUAGAGAUCUUCAAACACACAAGCAUAUUCCUUACAGAGAUAACAAGAAUCUUACAGGAACAGCUCGGUAUGCAAGUGUUAACACUCAUCUUGGAAUUGAGCAAAGUAGGAGGGAUGAUCUGGAAUCUCUUGGCUAUAUGCUUAUGUAUUUUCUCCGAGGAAGCCUUCCAUGGCAAGGACUUCGUGCAGGAACCAAGAAGCAGAAGUAUGACAAGAUCAGCGAAAAGAAAAGACUUACACCAGUGGAGGUCCUCUGUAAAAACUUUCCACCUGAGUUCACAUCUUAUUUCCUCUACGUGCGUUCGUUACGGUUUGAAGACAAACCUGAUUAUUCCUACUUAAAGAAGCUUUUCAGAGACCUAUUCAUCCGAGAGGGUUACCAGUUUGACUAUGUAUUCGAUUGGACAAUACUGAGGUAUCCCCAGUUCGGCUCCAGUUCCAGUUCCAAUGCUAGACCAAGACCAAGCCUAAGACCAGCUCUGAACAUUCCAAUUCCACCAUCUGCCGAGAAAGCAGAAAAGCCUUCAAGGCAAGGCACUCGGGAUAGACUCUCAGGUGUUUUCGAGGCAUACACCAGAAGAAAUGGCUCAGGGACUGGCGUUCAAGCUGAUUGGUCUAGUAGACCAAGAACCUCAGAGAACGUUUUUGCAUCUAGAGACACGGUUAACAAGGAGAGACCAAUCACUAUAUCUAGGAACCGGAGUUUUUCAAGAAAAGCAGUUGCUGGGUCUAGUGUUCGAGUCACUUCCUCAGCUGAUUUCUUAGAGAACCGAUCGAGCAGAGUCGUCCUAAACAAUGGCCGGCCAUCUACAACUCAGUGGACUCAGUUCCCUCCUCCUUCGUCCUCCUCUUUGGCCACAAAUGCUGCCGCACCAUCGAGAGUUCCUCCUGACGUUACGCUCGAGUUCCUCAUUAUUGGGAACGGCAAGAGGAAGUGAGUCUCCUAAUUAUCGUUAAGAAACAAACAAACAUGGCUGGUUUUAGUUAUCUUCAGUGUUAUAGUUACCAUCACGAACUAUAUAUCCUCUUGGUUAAUACGCAUAAAAGUAUGUACAUGAAUAGGCAUGAACAUGUUUCAUUGGCUGAAUAAACAACCAAACAAUAGUCAGCUGUGUAACUAGUAAGAUUUUCGUUUUAGAAAAAAAUUGGUUCUUAAAAUUUUUAUAUUUUUUAUAUUUCAAUACAUUAAGUAAUAAAUUGUAAAUUAAAAAAAAACAUGAGUAUGUUUAUUGGAUUUCUAUUGAUUAAUAGCAGUUAAAUAGGUAGUAAUCUCCGCACAAGUGAAAUAAUUUAUUAGAUUAUUUAUUGUAUGUUGUACUAAAGAUUUGUUGUAUAGUUUUUUUUAGAGAUGAACAUACAUAUAUCCGUUAGGAUUCAGUUGAUAUAUUCAAAUUUCAGAUUUUUAGAGUUAGAAAUUUAAAUUGUAUUCUGAUAUUUACAAUUUUUGGAUUUAGUUCGAAUCAUUGCGGAGUUCAGACUCGAGUUCGGGUAUCCAUCUUAAUUAUGUAUUUUUUUAACAAAAAUCCAAAUAUACUUAAAUCCUCAUAAUCCAAAAAUAAAAUAAUAUAAAAUAUAAAAAUUUGAAUGAUGUAAGAAUAAAUAUUUAAAUUUACAUAAAAAUUAGUUCAAUUUUAAAUAUGGGUUGGAUGGAGAAAAAAUAAAUAUUUCCAGUAUUUUGAAUAUUUUCUAUUAUUUUAUAUAUUUACUUGAGACUACGUCGAUAAUUUUUAGAUAUUUUUAUAUUUUGAAUAUCUAAUAGAUAUAAAAUUUAAAAUAAUUAAUAUAUCUAAAUAUAUAAUUGUGAUUUAGAUUUUUUUUCUCGAAUUUGGUUAUCUGGAUAUUAAACUUAUAGAUCAAUAUGAGUACUUAGUCAGUUUUAGUUUGUGUUUAGUAUUAAUUUCAAAUCUAUUUCGGUUCAGUUCGUCAGAUACAUGUAUAUAUUUUACCCAUGCUUAUUUUCUUCUAAUAAUAUAAAACAAAAUAAAAUAAAUGUAAAACAAAUAUUGGCUUAUUUAAAAUACAUAAUUAUUGGAUCAAACUUUAAGAAUACCAGUAAAAAUGGUUGGAUGUCAUGUCAAUACUGUUCGGCAUGUUGCAAAACUGAUGUAGUCUAUAACUAAUAACAUGUAGUUUCUUAUAAAAAAUUCUUGGUAAAUAUAAUAAAAACACGAUACAAUCGAAUGAAAAGUGUUAGAGCUGCGUGAAAAAUAAUGUGAUAUCUUCGGUAGGCACAUGAGUUAUGUUUUUCAAUCGAUUUCAUGAUCUUUCUUUUUAAAAAAUUCUGUUUUAUGAGUAUACUACCAAUCUGAUUAUAUUUCUAAUUCCUGGUCUGAUAUGAAAAUUCCGUAAAGAAAAUUAAUAUUUGGCUAAACUAAAGAUUCGACUUUGUGUGUGGUGUUUUUUACUUCAAUUUUUUUAAUUCAUAAUCAAUCACAACUAUUUAUUGUCUUCGUGUACAGAAACAUCAACAAUGACUAAUUUUGGCAACAUACAAAACUUUCAAUUUCUAAAAACAUUCUCAUUUUAGCAUUUUAGUUGAUGCGAAUCUUAAUGAUUUUCUAAUUUCUUUCUUUCAAAUGAUAUUAUUCAGUUGUUGUACAGAAAAAAAUCAGUUCACUAAUACAAAAGUUAAAAAUGCAAGAUUUAAAAAUGAACUGAGUAAAAAAGAUUAAUGUGAACACAUUAAAUUGCAUCAAUGGAGUUAAAAAAAUUAGUGUGUGAACGCAUUAAUUGUUAAAUAAUUGUGAAACCGACAUGUCAGCAUGCUUAAAUUAAAAUUGAUGUGAAGCUGUCACGUGUCCAAUAUAGUGUGAAAGCAUUAAAUGAUAAUGUUUCUUUUUUAAUAUAUAGGAUAUUACAAAAAAUAUGUAUUGAUAAUCAAAAUUAUAUCUUUUUUUAAUAUGCGUGAAAAUUAAAAUUUUCAUUUCUUUUCAAACAGAAAGUAUAUGAAUAUGCAUGAACAUGUUGUAUAAGCUGAAUAAACAACCAAUUUAAAGCCAACUGUGUAACUUGAUGUGCUUGUUCAGCUGUAUCUUUUUCAUUGAUUCAUCAUCAUAUGCAAAAGACUAUUUCUUUUAUAUUUUACUACUAUCACAUUUUGUCCACCUUUAGCAUUUUCUUAUAAUUUAUGAUUUAGUAGCAUAACAAUCCUAGAAAUAAAUCUUUGCAUAUUUAUCUUAUUAAAAUGAAGUACUUUAAGUUUUUGUUUGACAACAUAGAUAGCAGUUAAAAAAUUAGUGAUAUUUGGAAAUAUGGAUUGCAGUAAGUUAGAAAAAAAAAAUAAUGGGCUUAUGCCAUUAAAAAUUUGGAAGUCUAUUACAUUAUAUUAAAAAUUAAUGGGUUUAUGUUUUUUGAUAUACAUAUUCAAAUUAAAAUAAUAAUUUAAAAUAGAUAUAUAUCAAAAAUUCAUUCAAAAAUAUACAUAUAUUCAAAAUUUGAUUUUUACUAACAUAUUUUCCAAUAACCAUUAUAAAAAUAUCAAUAUAUAUAAGAAAAAUACAAUACAAAGCCCAAUUUCAAAAUAAAUUAUGGUUUUUAUAUUUCAUAUUGAAAUUUAAAAUUAUAAUAUAUCUGAUUAUUUAUAUGAUUGUACGUAUAAAAUAUUAUUAAUUAUAAGAUUACUUAUUUAAUGGUACGUAUAAAAUAUGAUUAAUUACAUGAUAACACAUAUUUUUGUAACCUAUGAUGACACAUAUAAGAUAUAUAAUAGUGAUUAGAGUUGGGCGUUCAUGUUAGUUUUCCGGUCUGUUUGGGAUUUCGUAUUCGGUUUAGAUCAUUGAGGAUUCGGUUCGGAUUUGGAUAACCAAUUUAAAUUAUUUU